AUGGCUCCUUACAAGCGAAGUGCUGCUGGUACUGGUGCUGCUAUAAGUGUCAGCUUUGUUAUCCUUGGCCUUCUGUUUUUAGGUACUGUUCUCCCGUUUCUUUUGCUCUUCGGUGUUCUUCUCUACAUGUACAAGCAGUACAGAAAGAUGAGAGAGGAAAAGGAGUAUGUCAUGCAACUUCAACAAAACUAUUUGCUCGCCCACAAAGCCAAGUUCUAAUGAAAAGUUCUAAUCAUCUACUA